CUACCGGUUCAAGUCGGUGCCAGCUCCAAGGAAUCUUGUCGAUCAUGUUAUUUGACACAUCCAACACCCGCAGGCCGCAGAAAAAAGAGGUGUGCUGAGGAACCCCGCUGAGAAUCCCGUCACGCACCUCACCUCUUCGGCAUGGCUCCUCUAAAGCCCGUGAUUUUGUUAUCUUCGAGCCGCAGGUGGGUCAGUGAAGUUAAACGAUCGAAGGACGGCAGAAUCCCGCUCAGAUUCGAGUGACUAAUGUCCAUGACUCUAAGCCGUCUCCAGGGGAAAUGAGAUGGUAAACCGCGGAGGCUGCACCAUGGAUGAGAGAGUCUCCCCGGGUCACGGUGUUUCUCACAUCCAGCAAAUCGUACUUUGUGUUUCUUGCAUACAGCCACGUCAGGUGAUCAAAGGUGGUGAAGGCCUCAGGAACCUGACCCUCAAACUGAGACAGAUAGUGAUCAUUCAAUCCUGAGGCCGCCGUUUCUUGUAAAGAAAGAAAGCUCACACGAUCAGUUCUCACUUGUGAGUAAGAAAUGUCAAGGUAUUGAAGCCGCCGAAGACUUGACAAAGAGGAAAGGUUGCCGCGGAAGGCAUUUUUCUCCAAAUUCAAAAACUCGAGGUUGCCCAACUUCGAAAGGCUGCUUGGUAAGGGCCAUGACAUGCCCAAGUGAGAUAGGUCCAGUUCUCGAAGCUUCAUCAGCUUGCCGAGAGCCCGAUCAGCCAAGUCUAAGUUGAUCACGCCAGGGCUCCUUGUCGCAUUUCCAAUCAUCAGUGACCGCAAAGCAGUCACAUUCUCUAAGGUUUCGGCUACGAACCCAUCCAGCGGGAUAAUGUGAUAUCAAAACAUGUUGGGACAUCAAAAGUGCUUGACUGCUCACAUUGUUCUGGUGCAAGUGGAGGUGAGUGAGGUAAGGCAUGCAGACUCCCAUGGUCACUGUCCCUGUCAGGUGGGCGCCUAUUCGAAGCACACACAUGACGCUUCAAAUACGAAGACGAAGCAAUCCUAUUGCAAAUCACUUUACCGCUUAAAUCAAGAACCCGAAGCUUCUGGAGGCUACCUGUGGAGUGAGGAACGGAGCCACUGAGCCAU